CCCAGACUCAGUGAAUGAAGGCUGGACUGGAGUGAGUAGCGUGAUUGUGAGGAACUGAAGUCCGCUCAAAUAUAUGGAUUCUCUUGCGCUUUUAAAAUAACUUUUAAAAUCCACGCUUUGAUCCCGAAUUGGCAUUCUCUAUAGUCGGGGCAUCCAGCUGCCAUCCAGCGACAGACUCGUGUCUUCAGCGGACUGAUCUCGCCAUGUCCUCCGCGGAUGUGUCGGAGCUGAGCCGGCGCUGCUGUGUUUUGUCGUGGGAGCAGGUGCAGCGUCUGGACUCCAUCCUGGGAGAAUGUGUCCCGAUCCACGGCCGAGGAAACUUCCCCACACUCUCCGUUCAGCCGCGGCAUAUCGUGCAGGUGGUGCGGGCUCGUCUAGAGGAGCGAGGCAUAGUGGUGCGCGAUGUGAAGCUGAACGGUUCAGCUGCCAGUUAUGUGCUCCACCAGGACACUGGCCUGGGCUACAAAGACCUGGACCUGAUCUUCGGCCUGAGUCUGACCGAUGACAAAACCUUCCGUCUGGUGAAGGACGUGGUCCUGGACAGCCUCCUGGAGUUCCUGCCUGCCGGCGUGAGCCGGGACCGCAUCACCGCCCUGACCUUGAAGGAAGUGUACGUGCAGAAGCUGGUGAAGGUUUGCAACGACACGGACCGCUGGAGCCUCAUCUCACUUUCCAACAACACUGGCAAAAACGUGGAGCUGAAGUUUGUGGACUCCCUGCGACGGCAGUUUGAGUUCAGCGUGGACUCUUUUCAAAUCGGCUUGGACUCACUGCUGCUUUUCGACCGUUGCUCCUUGACGCCCAUGUCUGAAAGUUUCCAUCCCACUGUGCUCGGAGAGAGCAUGUAUGGGGACUUUGAAAAAGCGCUGGGACACCUACACGCCAAAAUCAUCGCUACGCACAGUCCAGAAGAGAUCCGUGGAGGGGGGCUCUUGAAAUACUGCCACCUGCUGGUAAGGGGUUUCCGUCCAGCGUCCGAGGCACAGAUGAAGACGCUCCAGCGCUACAUGUGCUCACGCUUCUUCAUCGACUUCCCAGACAUCAAUGAGCAGCAGAGGAAGCUGAGAGCGUACCUUCAGAACCACUUUAAUGGCAUGGAGCACAAGCGGUACGAUUGCCUCGUGACUCUCCAUCGCGUGGUAGAUGAAAGCACCGUGUGUCUCAUGGGCCACGAACGGAGGCAGACGCUCAUGCUCAUCUCCUCUCUUGCGCUUCGUGUGCUGGCCGAACAGAACGCCAUUCCUGCACUGUCUAAUGUUACGUGUUACUACCAACCAGCGCCCUACGUCAGAGAUGUCAACUUCAGCAACUACUAUGUAGCACAUGUGCAUUCACCCAUUUCCAGCUGUAACAACUCAUAUCAGACAUGGCUGCCUUGUAGCUGAGCCAUAAAAGGACAAAAACACUGCUGGGGAAUAUUUGCAGUUUUCAGACCCCCCCCCACCUUUGGGGCUAAAAUAUAUGACCCAGACAUGUUUUUUUGUAACCAUCUAAUUUUACCAUUUCUUUUUCUUUUGUGCAAAAUUGGAUAGAGACCAGAUGUAAGAUAUUGUGUCUUUAUGUGGAUGCCACUAAUCCACCCAGUUAUACUGAACUCUACUGUACUGGAAGACUCAAAAUGAUUCGGAUUUCUCUCAAAAACUCUUUGUGAGGAUUUUGUCCAGUGCAGAUGAAACGAUAACAAUGAACAUUGGGUGGAAGUUGAGAAAAUGUCUAAAGCACUUCUCUACUCUAUGUAUGUGUAACCCAUUCAUGCUUUAUAAGUGAAAUGUUUUUAAGUUAUGAAACAGCUUUUGUUGAAGUUAUGAAAA